AUGCGGUGUGGCGGCGGCGCGGUGGCGGUCGGCGGCGGCUCCCCCUCAUCCCUCUUCCUUCUUCCGCGAGGGUUCCUCCUUCUGCUCGGUGCCUGCAAUGUCCUUUCCCUGGAAAUCACAACCAGUCCUAAAGUGAGAGCCUUCAUUGGGGAACAAGUCUUGCUGAAAUGCUCCUUCAAAUCCACUUCUCCCAUCACUGAGAGCCUGAUGGUGGACUGGACAUACAGGCCCCUCACAGGUGGUCAGAUUGAGACAAUUUUUCAUUACCAGUCUGUUCCAUACCCAACAACAGUGGGAAAGUUCAAAGACAGAAUAUCCUGGCUUGGGAAUGUUGCCAGGGGUGAUGCUUCCAUUGCUAUCCAAAACCCAGGGAUGAGUGACAAUGGAACCUUCAUCUGCAGCGUGAAGAACCCUCCAGACAUGUACCACAACAUCCCCCUGACAACACUGGUGGUUACAGAGAGGGGCCUUUCCUUCCAGCUCACCUCAGCAGUGCUGCUGUCCAUUUUAGUGUUCCUCCCUUCCAUCUUCGUGGUGGUUCUGCUGUUGGUGAGGAUGGGAAGGAAAUUUGGAGUGCUGAAGGAGAAGAAAAAGUCUGGCUGUAAGAAGUCCUCCAUUGAAGUGCCUGAACAGCCAGAGAGAGGCAACUGCUUGGGCAAGCUCAAAACCUGGUGCCUGAACUGUGUGGACACGGAUGAGGACGAUCCCUACUGA